AUGGAGCAAAAUAAGAGAGUAAUUGACGGGCCCUCUGGUGUUGAAUCAGAUGCAAAGAAACCGAAAUUUGAGCAGUACCAACUUACCCCAGCCGAGAGAGCUUCUAAAGUUAUUCAAGAGAAGGAUGUUGGAAUCACGCAGUAUUUGAAUGACCUUAAUUCCAAUGGAGGUGGGUUUUACGGUACCAUUAAGCAGCGGUAUUCUGACUUCUUGGUCAAUGAAAUUGACACGAAGGGAAAUGUAGUUCACUUGGCUGAUGAAGGUGUAGAUUUGGGAAAGUCUAAAAGAGAACGCAGGCUCGAGCAAAGGCAAAAGGAACGUUCUGAUCUUCAAGAUAAAACCCAAGAAGAAGUUGAAGAAAUCAAAGAAGCAAAAAGAUUAGAAGAGGAGCAGAAACCUAAAUACGAGUUGUCUGAAGAAAAUAAGACUAAGCUCUUAGAGUUUAUUACGUUGGAAGAAUUAGCUCAAAUUGAAGAGUUAUUCUCUACUGGUAAUAACAUGGAAACUAAAUCCCAGUUCCCUGAAAAGCAAUCUAGAGGAAAGUUACAUCAGUUAUUCCGUGAAUCAUUCCAGAAUAAAUUGGAAACUAUAACUUCACCUGAAAAUACAUUCAAAAUUGCUUUGGCCAAGAAUUCGAGUAACCCAAGAAGACCAAGAACUCAAGAAAGUAUCAACCAUGUUGAUGAAAAUGGAGUUAUCAAUUACGGAUUAGGUCACUUCAAGCAUUAUUUACACUUUACAGUAUACAAGGAAAACAAGGAAACCAUGGAAAUUGCUUCCACCAUCAGUAAAUUUUUGAGAAUUCCUUCCAAAUCUAUUCGAUACGCAGGUACAAAAGAUCGUAGAGGUGUAACAGCACAGAGAUUUUCCAUUCAUAAGGGAAAAGUUGCAAGAGUUAGUUCUUUAAACAAGGGACUUAGAGGUGCUGUUUUGGGAGGUUUCACCUAUGAGGACCAAUCGUUGAGUUUGGGAGAUUUAUUGGGAAAUGAGUUUGUUAUUACCAUUAGGGAUGCAAAGACAUUCAAGAAUGAUAAUUCUGAAGAAAAUGUGGAGGAUGUUGUCGCUAAAUGCUUUGAUUCUUUGAAAACCAAAGGUUUUAUCAACUAUUACGGUAUGCAAAGAUUUGGAACCUUCUCAAUUUCUACUCAUAGCUUGGGGAUUCAUAUCUUGCAAGAAGAUUGGAAGGGAGCUGCUGAGUUAAUUCUUAGUGAGCAAGAAAUCGUUUCUCCUGACUCUGUGGAAGCUAGAAAGAUCUGGGCAGAGACUUCUAACCCAUCAUUGACUUUGAAGAAAAUGCCGAGAAGAUGUACUGCGGAACACUCUAUCUUAUCUGUAUUGGAAAGGGAGCCACUAAAUUCAGAAGAGCAGUAUAGUUCCAAUUCAUAUUUCAAGGCUAUCAUGUCAAUUCCAAGAAAUUUGCGUAUCAUGUAUGCACAUGCUUAUCAGUCUUACGUUUGGAAUCAAGUAGUAUCUAAAAGAGUGGAAUUGUUUGGACUUGAGGUACAAGUAGGUGACUUGGUAAUUGAUAAUAGAACUGAGAAGGAAAAGAGAGAAGCUGAAGGAAUAAAGGACGAAGAAGAUGAUGAAGACUUUGAAGAAGAUGUAGCCACUAACACCUUCAUUAGAGCCAGGGCCUUAACAAAGGAAGAUAUUGAAAGUGGUAAAUUCUCCAUCUACGAUGUGGUAUUGCCUACUCCAGGAUUUGACAUCAAGUACCCAACAAACCCAGACUUAGAGAAAGUUUACGUAGAAGUUAUGGCAAAGGACAACUUAGACCCGCAUAGCAUGGGAAGGAAGGUGAGAGAGUUUUCUUUGGCUGGGUCAUAUAGAAAUAUUAUAACCAAACCAGAAAAGUUGUCUUACGAUAUCGUGAAAUACACCGAUCCAAGUCAACCAUUGAUACGUACCGAUUUAGAGCUUUUAAGGUUGAAAAAAGAAGCUGAGGAAAAGGGAGAGGUAGACUUCGUUCCAAAGAGAACCAUUGAAGGGCAAUUGGAAGAAGGUGCCGAAGUCAAGACUGCGGUAGUAUUGAGAAUUCAAUUAGGAGUCAGUGCCUAUGCUACCAUGGCCCUAAGAGAAUUUAUGAAAGCAGAUACUUCGAGAUUAAGUGACAAUUUGAAUGUCAACUUAUGA